CCGGAAGUCAUACUGUAUGCUGAGCUGGUGAGGUUUUGCUUGCUUAGGACUGGCCGUGGAGCUGUCAUGGCGCCAAAGGGAAAGGUGGGAACCAAAGGUAAAAAGCAGAUAUUCGAAGAAAACAAGGACACUCUGAAGUUCUAUCUCCGGAUUAUUUUGGGAGCUAAUGCCAUUUACGGAAUAGCAAACUUCGUCAUCUUCUACUCAGCGGCCACUCUCUGGACCUGGGUUGCGUUUGUGUUCAGCGUGAUGGUCUAUGGGGCCAGUUACCGCUCCAUGAGCUCCAUGGCAAAGGCCACUUUUGCGGACGACGGCAGCCUUGCUGAUGGUGGGAUCGACUUGAAUAUGGAGCAAGGGAUGGCAGAGCACCUGAAGGAUGUGAUCUUGCUAACAGCCAUAGUCCAGGUUCUCAGCUGUCUUUCUUCUUAUGUGUGGUACUUCUGGCUCUUGGCUCCCGGACGGGCACUUUACCUUCUCUGGGUUAACAUCCUAGGGCCUUGGCUCUCCACAGACUCCUCAGCUGCCAACCCGGAGCCCAACGAGAAGAAACAGCGCCGGCAAGAACGGCGGCAGAUGAAGCGUUUCUAGCAGCGCUCAUGGGAGUGGCUAGGAUGCCGCUUGCUGUCUCCAAGUGGCUGUUCAUCAGGGAUGCGAAUUUUUUUCAAACAAUCAGAAAACAUCAGGGGCUGCUUCACUCUCUCAUUCCCCCUCCCACCCUUUGGCGAUGGCACUUCAUUUUAAGGCUGAAAAAAAUGGAUCUUAAUGACUUUAGGAGUAUCACCGGGCAGAUAUUUUGGCCUUGACCUGGCUUAUGGCACGGGGCGGGAACCUUUUGUGGAAGUGGAAGGGUGUAAAUAAUCUUUUAAAGUGAUGCCGAAAUAGGAAUCUGAGGAUGGAAGCGUUGCGAAACGGUAUAUUAAAAGAAGCUUUCAGUCUGUAUGAUAA